AUGGCAUCUAGAGUAAAUAGCAGUUUCACUUUGAUUCCCAACCAGAAAUAUAGACGUAGUAGUCGUCGAUCCAGCCAUGUUUCCAACACCCUGGACUCAGAUUCUCAGCCCUUAUCAGGACUUGGAAACUUUAAAGCCUUGCCAUUGGAAAUAUUCCAAAUAAUCUUAAGAUAUUUAUCAGUGAAGGAUAUCAGCAUGCUAAGCAUGGUGUCCAAAACAGUCAGCCAGCACAUUAUUAAUUAUAUCUCAACCUCAUCAGGAAGCAAAAGAUUUUUACUACAGGACUUUCAUCACCUUGAGCUGCCUGGCAAGAGACAAGACUCUGCUCUGUUGGAACACUACAGAUCUCUAGGUUUACUAUUUAAAAGAUGUACAUUGCUGCUACCCACAAAGGAGAGACUAAAGUACAUUCACAAGAUACUCGCAGAAGUUCCCUGUUUUAAAUUCAGUGGUUGUGCAGCUCCUAUGCAGUGUUCAGGAUUAUCAUGUUAUGGCAGGCUUUUACAGACCUUAACAGCAGGUUGGGAUGAACUCGAAUGCCAUCGUGUUUUUAACUUUUUAUGUGAGCUGACUGAUCUCUCCCGCAAAAUGCAGACCAUUGUCUUCAGCAAACCAGGAAAUUCCCGAAAACUGGAGUUAAGGAUCAGACUGUUCUGUAGGAAUGUCCUGUUUGAUCACUGGACACAUAGAAGUGAUUCUGCUUUUUGGUUGACACGUAUAUUAAAACCAUGGCCAAUGGUGAAUCAGGCAAGACUACUAUAUAUCAUCUUUGGACCAAUAUCUCCUCAAGAUGGACAAGUGGUUUGGCAGAAAAUGAUAGAAGAACCUACAGAUGAAUCUAGUCUGAAAGGCCUGGCUGAUGCCAUUAAAUUACUAUAUGACACAGGCAUCAAAGAGUGGACAGCAGAUGAUGUUAUCAGUCUUAUAGAUGAACUAUCAGUGGUUCCUCGUGAGUGGCUUCUAGAAAAUAAUGCACGUCUCCUAAUCCUAAGUGGGAACGACAUCUGUUUCACUUUCAUGGCUAGUAAAGCUGUGAAUGGACGGACCGCUGAACUGGCAAGACUGAUAGUCUUUUUGGCUUUGGUGUGCGAGAAAGAACUAUACUGCAUGGACUGGGCAGUUAAAAUGAUGCAAAAAGUCUGUAAAGUCUUUAGUACCUCAGUUGAAAAAACCAGCUUCCUGCAGAAUGUGGCAAAUGCAUUUGCAUGUAUUAUAAUGGAAAUGCUGCAGUCAAUUAUGUCUGGAGAUCGAGAUGAAGAGGACAGAAUCUUUUUGAAUUUGUUCCAUCUUGUGCAUGCUCAAGCUAAUUUCCAUAAGGAGGUCCUGUAUUUGACCAUCAAUUCUAUCGCUACCUAA